GAUAAUCAACAAACCAUUGGCAUUAACUUGGAAUAAGCAUCAAAGAAAGCAUUAUUAGCAAAAUGUUGAAAUACUUCCUGCUCUUAGCUGUAAUCUCCUGCGCCGCUGUUGCUGAGGAUGCCGAAACCUUAAAAUACAAUUCCGAUGUCAAUGAACAUGGCUUCCAAUACGAUUUUGAGACCAGCAAUCACAUUCAUGCCCAAGCUUCUGGUGAUGAUCAUGGUGCCGUUAAAGGCGAUUUUGAAUGGCACUCUCCUGAAGGUGAACAUAUUCACAUCAACUAUGUAGCCGACGAUAAUGGUUAUCAACCUCAGAGUGAUAUUCUGCCCACUCCUCCACCAAUUCCAGAGGCCAUUGCCAAGGCCAUUCAGUAUAUUCAAGCUCAUGGUGGUCAUGCUUAAAACGAGAACUGAAUUGUGAGGGUGA